AUGCCCGUCAUAGUAUCUACAAAAGAAUUAGCAGAGGAGCAGAGCAAGGAUGAAGAACUCAAAGAACUUUUAAAAGGAAACGCAGUUUUAGAGUUACGGGAAUUCAAUUUACCCGACAUCCUGCUACCAUUAUUUUGUGAUUGUGCAAAAGGAGCAGUGAGACCGUACGUACCACAGUCCCUCCGGAAACGCAUCUUCAACACCGUACACGGCCUAUCGCACCCAAGCGGUCGUGCUAUAUCGCGACAGAUACGAGAAAAGUUCAUUUGGCCCGGUAUCAACAGGGACAUCGCACACUGGUCCCGCACCUGCCUCCCCUGCCAACGAGCCAAAAUUCAUCGUCACACGAGACAUUUGCCUGACAAGAUCCAGACACCCGACCAACGUUUUUACCAGGUACACAUGGACAUCAUAGGUCUGUUACCUCCGAUAAAAAAUUACAGGUACUGCUUGACCAUGAUCGACCGCUUUACCAGGUGGCCUGAGGCAGUACCCCUGGUGAACAUCACAGCAGAUUUGGUGGCCACGGCUUUCAUCAACACCUGGGUAUCCAGAUUCGGAACGCCAGCAGUAAUCCCAACCGAUCAAGGAAGGCAGUUUGAAGCUGAAUUGUUCAAAGCUCUCGCCAACAUGUUGGGAAGCAUCAAGAUAAGAACAACAGCCUACCACUCGGCAGCCAAUGGGCUCAUUGAACGCUGGCAUCGCUCAUUAAAAACUGCAAUUUAUUGCAACGCAGACGAGCACACAUGGUUCGACCGUUUGCCACUAAUCUUACUCGGCUUACGCACUUGUUUCAAAGACGACAUAAAAUGUUCUACUGCAGAACUUGUGUACGGUGCUCCGCUACGCAUCCCUGGCGAAUUUUUCGACGACGUCGAUUUUUCCGUCGAGCCAGACGCCUUCGUACAGGAACUUCGAAAGAAGAUCAGGCAAUUGCGACCAACAAAUACUUCGUACCACGAUAAACGCAGAAUAUUUGAAAGCAAGGACCUCGAAACUUCAACCCACGUAUUUUUACGUGACGACGGAGGCAGACGACCUUUGCAGCCCCCUUAUUCAGGACCAUAUCCAGUUGAACAGGUAAACGAAAAAAUGUACAAUCAACGGCAUAAAUGCCGUCGCUACUUGCGAGUAAGGAGCGCGAUGGGCAGAUGGCGGUGGCGGCUAAAGGACAAGUAA